AUGACUACAAAAAUCGGGCAAAAUGCCGAUAUAACAAAGGCUAGCCCAACAGAUGCCCCACCCGAGUCAGCCAGCAUUCAUGAAGGGAAAUUCCCAGACGCAAAAGCAGUUGACAUCGUUCAUGCUGCCGAAGAAGAGUUCACCGAAGAGCAGUAUCGGAAGCUUGUUCGAAAAGUGGACCUUAUUCUCCUCCCGUUGAUGUGGAUCGCUUCGGGUACUCAAUAUGCCGACAAAGCAUCCAUCUCUACGCAGUCAACAUUUGGCAUUACACAAGAUACUCACCUAGUGGGUCAGCAGUAUUCUUGGUUAACCUCGAUAUUCUAUAUUGCCUUCCUUGUUGCAGAAGCUCCUGGAAGCUACAUUUUACAAAAAGCGAACAUCAACUACACAGUAUCAACUUGCAUGUUCAUAUGGGGCAUAUUAGUAUUGUGUAUUGCUUUUGCGAAGAAUUUCACUGAUCUCAUGGUGCUGAGAUUCCUUCAAGGCGUUGCCGAAUGUACCACGUAUCCGGCUCUACUCAUCAUGACGGCUGCUUGGUAUACAAGGGAAGAGCAUGCCAUGCGUGCUGUAAUUUGGGGAAGCGCCAACUCCGGGAUGGAUAUACUGACAAGUCUCAUCAACUACAGUAUCGGCACUCGGGCCAAAAGCCAUCCGGGCGGAUUAGCGCCAUGGAAAGGAAUUUCCUUUUUUCUAGGGAGUUUGACUAUUGUCAUUUCCGUAUUCGCUUUUUUCUUGUUCGGCACGCCUCGAGAAGUACGCUGGCUAUCGGAGACUGAGAAGCGCAUGGCAUACGCUCGUGUUGUCAAAAGCCAGACAGGUUCCGAUGCACAAAAGCGGAAUAUCAGCUGGAGGCAAGUUCUAGAGACAUUCAAGGAUCCCCAGACAUACUUCUUCUUUUUUAUCGUACUCAUCAACUCGAUACCCAAUGGCGGCACCACUUCCUUUGGUAAUCUGGUCUAUGUAUCAUUCGGUUUUACCGCUUUGGAGACGAUUACCGAAGGAAAAAUACCACAGCAAGCUCUCUCAAUCAUAUGCUUGCUGUCUGCUGGCUAUCUUACUUUGAAAAAGCCUGGUCUUCGUCUAUACAUAUCAAUGAUAUCAGUUGUACCAGCAUUUGUCGGCAUGCUUGCUCUGGCUCUAUUGCCCAAGCGGGGCCAUCUUUGGACACGAUGGGGAAUGUACUUCAUCACCAUUGUCGGCAAUGUAGCUGGCCCAAGAACCAUUAAAGGCGUGCAAUAUGACAACAAAGCACGUCGAUAUGCGGGUAUUCCUUACGCUCUACCACCAACAGGUGACCAUCGCUGGCGCAAGCCAAGAUCACUUCCAUCAUCAUACACCUACACGCAACCAGAUGGCACUCCAUUAAAUGCGUCUGGAUUUCGUGCUGUGUGCCCCCAAGCCACUUUUCAUAGUGGUGCGGAGCAGGGGUUGGAUCAAGAAAAGUAUACUGAAGACUGUCUGAUCCUAAACUUUUGGACACCCGUGCCCCGUGAUGAGCAACAAAAUAAAAGAAAUUGGCCUGUGAUGCUAUGGCUACAUGGAGGAUGGUUUCAAAUGGGCAAUCCGUGUCAAGAGCUCGGAAUGGAUCCAACGGAGAUGAUAUCAACAGGGAAGUUGAAUGCUAUUGUUGUGGGGAUCGGGUACCGGCUCAAUAUUUUCGGAUUUCUGGCUGGAGAAGCUCUAUUACAAGAGAGCAAUGGGGAGUGUGCUGGUAAUAUGGGCCUUUGGGACCAGCGGCUGGCCAUGGAAUGGGUCAAAGAAUACAUCGGCGCAUUUGGUGGUGAUUCUGAUAACAUCACAUUAGCUGGACGAAGUGCCGGGGCCUACGCAGUGCAUGCCCAAACACUACACGAUUUUCGUACCAAAAACACGCAGGCUUUGUACCACCGAAUUUUCAUGUGCUCCAACGCAAUUUCAGCACAGCCCAAGACCGUGGCUGAAACGCAACCUCAAUUCGACGAGGUAUGCAAACAUUUCAAUGUACCGUCUACAUUGACGGGUUUGGAAAAACUUAGCCAAUUGCGCAAAAUCAGCUCGGAUGAUCUCGUUAACGCGAUCAAAAACCUGCAACACCAUACUUUUCGUCCGGUUACCGACGGGAUAUUCAUACAUGCAGGAUUGAUCGAUUAUCAGACAGGUCCGGAAUUUGCCCAAGAAUUCAAACAGCGCAAUUUAAAAUUGUUGAUAGGUGAAGUUCUCAAUGAGGAAACCCUAUAUUCGACCUAUAACGCCCCAGAGCCCAACAAGGAAUCCCUCAGCCUGCAAGUCUCCAAUUACUAUGCUCCAGCAACGACAGAAAGGAUUCUGCAACACUAUAGUUUCCCCAAGUCCACUGACCCGAAUGAGUGGAGGACGACUUAUGGUAACAUCGUUGCUGACGGUCAGGUUCGCGCUCCUUCGCGAUCCCUUGCCAAUAGCCUUUUUGAACAUGGAGUGGCUAUGAGUGAUUUAUGGCGAUACCAAAUUGCGUACCGCUUGUCGUUCAUUGAUGACAAAGUCGCGCCGUUGUCUUUCGGAGUUGCACACGCAAUGGACAAACCUUUGUGGAAUUUUGCAAUCGUACAUGGACCAACGCCCAAAGACAGGGAAAUAAUGGAGGAGUGGGUUGCCAUCCUUGUAGCUUUCGUCAACAAUGAUCCGACCUACCGCUUCGGCACUACAUCUAUCCGAGAAUUAAAAGUGUUGACUUCCGAGGGAGGUGCUCCAGUAUCUCCAUGGAUAUCAUCAGCAAUUCCUGCCGUCGUUAAGAAUGCCACCGCUACCCAGGUGCCUCGAACUACUUGGACAAGAGACGAGGUGCGACAAGUUUAUGAGACUCCGUUAAGUCAAUUGACGCAUGCUGCGGCAAUAGUCCACCGUCGCUUUCACGACCCCGCCGCGAUCCAAAUGUGUACUCUUAUGAACAUAAAGACAGGUGGAUGCAGUGAAGACUGUUCUUACUGUGCUCAAUCUUCUCGAUACAAUACGGGUCUCAAGGCUACCCGAUUGUCGCCCCUCGAGGAGGUGCUACAAGCGGCUCGGAUCGCUAAGGAGAAUGGUAGCACCCGUUUCUGUAUGGGCGCCGCAUGGCGAGACAUGAGAGGCCGGAAAACUAGUUUGAAGAACAUAAAGGAGAUGGUGACAGGUGUGCGAUCCAUGGGACUGGAGGUUUGCGUGACUUUGGGCAUGAUCGAUACUGAGCAAGCCAAGGAGUUGAAAGAUGCUGGGUUGACAGCAUACAAUCACAACCUUGAUACCUCACGAGAGUAUUAUCCGUCUAUCAUAACAUCGCGCAGCUAUGAUGAACGCCUUCAGACACUUAGCAAUGUCCGUGAUGCUGGUAUUAAUGUGUGCUCAGGCGGAAUUCUAGGCCUAGGUGAAGCAGACUCGGACCGUAUCGGGCUGUUGCAUACCGUCGCUACCUUGCCAUCUCACCCUGAAUCAUUUCCCGUGAAUGCUCUUGUGCCCAUCAAGGGAACGCCUCUUGGGGACCGUAAGAUGAUUUCAUUCGACAAGUUACUUCGGACCAUUGCUACCGCCCGCAUCGUUCUCCCUACAACUAUCGUUCGUCUCGCAGCAGGUCGUAUAAACCUGUCUGAAGAGCAGCAAGUGACGUGCUUCAUGGCUGGKGCCAAUGCAGUCUUCACAGGCGAAAAGAUGCUUACGACUGACUGCAAUGGCUGGGAUCAAGAUCACGAAAUGUUCCGUAAGUGGGGGUUCUAUCCAAUGAAAAGCUUCGAGAAUGAGGAAGUCAAGGGCACCAAGUCGGCUGUAAUUACUGAAAGCGAUAGCGGAAUGGUCGCAGCUUCUAUAUAA